AUGCCAAGCAAACCAGAUCAAAAACCGAGCACGAAAGGCGACAAGCAAAUACCUGGGUCGGGUCAAGAUCCCGUCAAGAUAUUUGGAAGCCAUGAGCAGACUAUCACCUGCAUUGCUACGUUUCCAGACGGCAAGAGAAUAGCGACUGCGUCUUACGAUAAGACAAUACGCAUCUGGAGGCUUGAAGAUGGCACGGAAAUAAUGAAGUGGGAGGUGGAGAAAGACGUCGGCGCACUGGUGAUCUCACGAAACGGGAAGCACGUGGUUAGCGCUGAGGGAGAGUACCCGACCGAUGUCGAGGAACCGGAGUGUUGGCAACUAUGGGUUCGCGACGCUAAGACUGGGAAGGUCGUUGCAGGUCCCUUGAAUGGUCACACCGACAUUGUGGAAGCUUUGGAUGUUUCCUCUGAUGGCGACAUUCUCGCCAGUGGGUCAUUCAAUGGCACGGUUAUAUUAUGGGACACCAGCACCUGGAAGACUCGAGGUGAUCCCCUUCCGUGCGGCGCAUGGCGCAAUUGGGUCAAUUGCGUCCGAUUUUCUCCGUCCGGUAACCUUGGCGUUGCUACCAAAGAAGAGAUCCAAAUAUGGGACUUGGACAGGAGGGAGUGUCUUGCUGAAUUCAAUGGCCACUCUGACUUUGUCAAUGAGUGGAAUAUGUGGCUCGCCUGGACUCCCGAUGGCGUCCAUCUCCUCUCAGUAGGUAGUGAUGAUGAUGUUACCAUUCGCUCUUGGGAUACCUCCACGUGGAAACAGGCUGGUGAUCCCUGGACUGGCCGUCAUGAUAAGGAAGAUAUAUUCACUAAUCAUAUCACGUUGAACCCGGCUGGCACCCUUCUCGCAUCGGUAUCUGGAGAUUGUACCGUCCGCUUGUGGCAGCUGCACACAGGGACAGAAGUCGCACGGUACGAGCACUCGGAUGAGGUGUGUGAUGUUGCGUUCUCGGUCGAUGGACGCUUUCUAUUCAGUGGUGGUUUGAACACAAUCUCGCAAUGGGAGAUAUCAGAGGAUGUGCUUACAGCAGCGCAAUUUGAUUCUCUGGUCGAGAAAAAUAAGGUGACUCCCCCCACUGUUAAUUCACUCCACGCAAAAGCUCAGUGCUCUCAUGCCAGGCUGGUUUGUCACGGGGCAAACAACAGAAAAGGUCUUCUUGAUUCGGAGAUCCCUGGCCAGCGGCGCACUAAUUUUGUGAACUACGAGCGUCUCGACAGGUCUCGUGCACACGCUAAUCACUAUACAUUGCCACGCGCUCAUGCAGAAAGCUCUUCAUCUUCUCGCUUGCAUAAUAUGAGUACCUUCUUUGAUGGCAUUCGGCCGUCGUCAGACCAGAAGGGCAAGAACAAGGAGCGUUUACCGAGACGAAAGGAAGCCGUCGAUGUCCCUUUCGGACAAGCCACCAUAUCACCCACUCCUGGGCCUGCACCACGCCCGAAGCCCUCGACCCUUCAAUCAUGGAAACCCAAGGUACCCUCACCUCCUCAAUCGCCAGAACCAGAGCGUAAGACUGCUGGGAUGUCUGCAUCAGACGCGAUGGAGAGCAUCGGCAAGGGCGGGAGUCUCAAGGAGCGCAUGGCCGCUCUCCAAGGAAAGGAAGACGAACAUGAGGCUCAGCAGGAUGAUGCUGAGCCUGAACAAGAUCCGGAGGAAGAAGAGAGGCAACGCCGUGCCGCGAUCGCUGCUCGUAUGGCUCGUCUUGGUGGUGCCCGAGUCGGCAUGGGUCCGCCUAUGUUUGCCAGGAAGCCAGCUCCCAAGAAGCCAGCGACUCCUCCACCUCAGCUCAAGCAGGAGGAGGAAGCGAUCCUGCCAGAUUCAGCUCCAGACGUGACUUCUCCUGCGGAAGCUCUAAACCCUCCCUCAGAUGUCAAGGAAGAGGCGAUGAUUCAGGCUAAUAACUUCCUUGACCCUACACGCAAGGACUCCGAUUCUUCCUCUCUCUCCAUUGCUGAUACCUCUUCUAACACAACGUCCGUUCGCUCAAUGCCAGUACCCGCCGGUCCACGCCGCGCAGCUCCCCCACGUAAGAAGGCAUACAAGUCCCCUCCUACAACCCAGCUCCCAGACGUCCCUGUACCUGCUGCAGCACCAGAAACUACUGAAGAGGCCCCAGAUGCUGAGUCUACGACUGAACCUGAACCUGAACCAGAGGCCAGACCAUCCGUUGUAACAGUGACGUCUCUAGAACAAGUCGAAAGUCCAGAACAAGUCCCGGUUCCGUCAUCAGAGCAGAUUCUUGUCAUCGGCGACGUACAGAAGGAGAUCGGCGACGUAGGUGUGAGUGUCGAACUUGACACAGUCGAGGUGGGCCCCGCGAAUACGCUCGAAGAGGAAGAUGUCCCUGUCGAUGCAUGUGAGCCUGAGCCUGCGCCUGCGCAGGAAGAAGAGGAGCAAGAGCUUGAGCAUGAUGAGCAGAUGCAACAGGAACAGGAUGAAGAGAGGAAGAAGCGCAUGGGUGCAUUUAACCCACUUGCGGGGUCCCCGCCUGUACCCCGCAGGGAAUCCAUCCCCUCACCUACCGCUAGACGUGACUCAGUCCCUAUUUCGCCUGUACCAGUAGAAGAACCUCUCGACGUCGAAGACGAAGUCAACGUGGACCUCGAGGAAUCCCACGUCGAUGAUGAACCAGAAGAAGCCAAAGAAGCAAGAGAAGCAGACGAGCCCGCUUCUCGUGCUGCCGAGUUCGACGAUGAACCUCAACCUGACUUGGGCACGACUCGCCGCGUGUUGUAUAACGAUGAGAUGGACGAACGAGAGCGAUAUGAGGAUGAUGGGGAUCAGGUUUUGAAUGAGCCCGAAGCUUGGGAACCUGCGUCGCAACCAGCCGAGGCACACACGUUCGGCGCUGUUAUUCCACCGCCACCUCCGCUGCCGUGUCCUAUUCCACAGGAAGAUGAACCCGGUCAGGACGAAUUUCAAUCAGGCACAAGCGCUCAGGGCGAGGGGGCCGCAUUAACAGAAUCGUUGACUCAGCACCAUUAG